UCGAGAAUUUCGAUUAGUCAAAGAACGAAUGCACAUAAUAACCGAAUGUUAGAAUAUUUUACUGACAGGUUAACCGGUAUCUGCGAAUUUGAAAGGCAUCUAAUGCAGGUACCUGUGCAGGAACAGCGAAUCAUAAAAGUAGAGGAAGUGAAUUAUGUGCAUUGAGCAAGCGCGUUAUGUUCAAAAAUAGACAUUAUGUUCAUGAAGACAUCGUAUUAAUAUACUUCAAGUGUUAUAAGAACUUUCUGUACCGUAUACAAAAACGUAGCUAAAAUCAGAUGAUUGACUUCGAAAAACAAGAUUUAAAAUAAAGUUACAUACUUUUUUAUGCAAAAGGGGAAAUGCAGAUAUAUUCGGAAUAAUUCACGGUGACUGACAGCCAGGGACAAAGGAAAUUAAAUUUUCAAUUUACAAGUUUAAUUUUUUUAACGUCAGUAAAGGCCAAGUAUCACAACUACCACAAACCUAAUUUAAAGGAGUGAAUUUUUGCUGUGUGGUGUUCUGGAUCUCCAAUAUGGAUUUGUGGAAAACAAUAGCAAUUUAAAAUAGCGCAACGAAUAAAUGGUUUAAACGUGUAGAAAGUGCUUGUUCAGCAGCUGAUGAGGAAAGGAUACAAUUGCUUGUUCAGAAUUCGACAUGAGCGACAUGUACAAGUGAAACCGAGGACUUAUUUAUUUACAUCAUGAAUAUCGACGGUGAAAAAGAGGCGACGGAUGUCAACAAUUCGGUAUCAUAUGUGGUCUCAUCUGAAGAUAAGUAUCACGGAAAUAGGAGGACACAAUGGCGACAAUGGCUGGCGUGUAUUUCUGCAACUCUAUCCAUGGUGGCUGUGGGGACAGUCUACGGCUGGACAACAACAUCCCUAUUUCGCCUAACUUCUGGCGACAGCAGCAUGCCCUUCAAUUUAACAGAUGACGAAGGUUCCUGGAUCGUCUCCCUAACCGUAAUCGGCUCCAUGAUCGGUCCAUUCUUGGGAGCCAGCUUAUCCGACAAAUUCGGUCGUAAACGCUGCCUCAUGAUAUCCAGUGGCUUCUACAUCGUCGGUUGGUUGAUUGUAUUAUUCGCGAAGUCCGUGGAAGCUCUAUACAUAUCUCGAGUGAUCCUCGGCGUGGGAGUUGGAAUCUCCUACACCACAAACCCCAUGUACGUCUCGGAAGUGGCGGACACCAACAUCAGAGGCGCCCUGGGGACCCUAAUCGCGGUGAACGUCUUCACAGGGUCUUUGCUAGCCUGCAGCAUAGGUCCAUGGGUAUCCUUGGAGAUCCUGACCGCCAUUUUACUCGCCAUACCGGUUCUCUUCAUCGCCUGUUUCAUGUGGUUCCCCGAGAGUCCACAUUUCCUGGCAGCUAAAGGCCGCAAAUCGGAAGCCUGCAAGUCUCUGGCGUUCUUCAAAGGCAUCCUCGACCCUGAGGAAGCUAAAAAGGAACUGAAUCUCAUUCUCCGUGGUAUGAAAGAAGAUUCCUACAAGGCUGCGCCUGGACAGAGUAUGGAAAUGCUCAAACACACCUGGACCGUCAAGCUGAAGAUGCUGCUGCUGCCCAACAACGCCAAGUCCUUGAGCAUAGUCGUUGGUCUGGUCGCUGCGCAGCAACUCAGCGGGAAUUUCAGCACCAUGCAGUACCUGGAAGUGCUGUUCAAAAAAGCAUCAGUUGGAAUUGACUCGAAUUUGGCUACCAUAUUGGUCUUGGCUGUGGGCCUCGUGUCUGGAGCCCUGGCUACAGCUACCGUAGAGGGUGCUGGGAGACGACCGCUUCUGAUGAUCUCCACGUUUGGCUCAUUCGUCACUCUGGCCAUCUUGGCUGUGUAUCUCAUGUUAGAUGCAAAAGAAAUGGACGUUUCCAGCGUGAACCUUCUUCCAGUGAUCGAUGUCAUCAUCUUUCAGGUGGCUUUUCAAAUCGGUUUAGGAACCUUGACCAAUGCUCUGAUCGGGGAACUGUUUCCUACCGAAGUGAAGGGCGUUGCUGGCGCCAUUGUUACUAUUUUUGAUGGCCUACUCGGCUUCGCCGUUUCCAAAUUGUAUCAGGUGAUCGGCGACAGCCUGGGAUCGUACACGGUUUAUUACUUCUUCUCGGUGUCCUGCUUGAUGGCGUUCUUCAUGGUGGCGGUGUUUGUACCGGAAACGAAGGGGAGAACUUAUAAUGAGAUACAGGCACUUCUCAGUGGAAGGAAACUGAAUUCGGCCAGCAGAAGCGAUGAGAACAAUUAUGUAUGACAGGAGGAAAUGCACCGUGUGUGUGGAACACGGUGCUGGCUUUUAUCUUCGGUUGACUGUACUGUAAAUUUUAACUUAAUUGCAAAGAUCUCCGUUGAAACACUUAAUGUUCGGGUGUACAUUGUUAUCGUCUAUUUAAGUAACAGAGGCAACGAUCACUUAUUCGUGUUUUAUGACUUAUUUUGUAGAACGUUCAGAAAAAUAAGUAUUACCGUUUUUGAAAGCA